UUUUUUGUCUUCAUUGGUUUGCUAUGUUCAAGCUCGAGAAAUUGAUGGUAGCGAUAAUAAUUCAAAUUCAAUUCAACCUUAUCAAAGAGAAUUUUCUUCCAAAUCUUUUUACGGACCAGAUGGAAAUAAUUCUAUGAUUAAAUGUCCAUCCGAUGUUGUUUUCACUAAUCCAACCCUACCGAUUCCAAAAUGUACCGAUCCACUACCACCUAAUAAUUUCCCAAUGCCAAGAUGUGUUUCAAAUAUUAUAACUAAUUAUCACUCGGAAAAUUUUAACAUUGAACAACAAUUGCGUUAUCGAUCUAAAAGACAUACUAGUCAUAUGGCAUCAUUUUUCGCUGGUUUCAUUUUAAAAGAUAUUAUUCAGUCGAAAACGGAUACACCAUCUAUUCCGAUCUACAUACCAACCGACGACUCAAUCUACAACCCGCCAACAAGUCAAAAAUUUCAGGAAUUUAAUAGAACAAGCGAUGAAAUGAAUCACGUCACACCGUUUCUUGACUUGAAUCAAUUGUAUGGACUUAACACAGAGGAAUCAAGGAAGUUACGUGAUAUUGGUAACCGAGGAAAAUUAAAGAUGGAUGAGAAGAAUUAUCCAAUGAAUUAUCCGACUAGCGAUAUGAUCGGAAGAUUUCUUAAUCGAGCAAAUAAUAUUUUCACACUUGCAAUUCAUAUCAUUUGGAUGC